CCAGGCAAAUGGCGCGUAGUACCAAAGUAAUGGCAAGUGAAACUCAUUUUAAGUUGUCCAUAUACAUCCAACAUCUAACCAUUCAUCAACACGCAACUCAUAUUUCCGAGACCACCUCCUCCUUUUCGACGACUUUCAUCAAUUAUUUCCUCAACUUAGCCUGAAUGCUUUUGUUUGCUUAUGAAGGAAGGUCGCAGGUGAUUUCCAAGCAAACGCAGUGGAAGUGAGCGAUUUCACUCUGUUGCUUUGUCAAGUUGUUGCAAGGAUCAGACUCAAACUUCCCGAGUCACCGGGCGGACUCAAUUCGGAGAUCAAUACUCCAUCGUCCUCUCGGAAUGAAGAGAAAGUGGGAGGGAGAAGAGACGGCUCUGACAGCUCCGGCAAGUAGUAGUCGUGAUGAUGGAUCGGGGAGGGGCUACGAGGUGUUCCUGAGCUUCAGAGGACCCGAAACCCGCUUAACCAUCGCUGAUUGUCUCUACAAUGACAUGAUUCGUGUGGGGAUCCGUGCUUUUAAAGACAAUGAAGAGCUCCGAUUUGGCGAAGAGAUUGAAGGCGGCCUCUUGCAAGCAAUCAAUGACUCCAGAAUUUACAUCCCGAUUUUCUCCAAAGACUACGCUUCAAGUAAGUGGUGCCUCCGUGAGCUGGCACGCAUAGCGGAGUUAUCGAGAGAUAACGAUGAGAAAGUGAUCCUCCCUAUCUUCUAUGACGUGGACGCGGAUGAUGUCAAGCUUAAGACCGAGUUAUAUCGGAAAGCCCUCCAAAAGCACGAGAGCAACUCCGGGAAGGAUUUAGCAAAGAAGUGGGAGGAGGCUUUAAGAGAGGUUGCCAGAAUUAGAGGAAGGAAUCUAAAAGAUCACGGCCUAGAUGAACUUAAAAAUCUCACGGUCAAAGAGGUUUCUAGUUUGUUAUGGACAAGACGGACAGACGUGCCUGAUCAUUUGGUGGGAAUUAAGGGCCCAAUGGAUGACAUUAUGAAGAAGUUAGAUCUAGGAGCUUUGGAUGUACGGUUUAUCGUGAUUCAUGGUAUGGGUGGCAUCGGAAAGACGACGCUAGCUGAUGUCGUCUUCAGGCAAAUCUCCCCUCAAUUUCAAGGUCAUUGCUGCUUUAUUAAAGAUGUUCGGACUCAUGAUAUAAUAAACUUACAAAAGAAAUUAUUGUUUGAUAUUCUCAAUCCGAGCUGCAUAAACCUCUCCUUCGUUGAUGAAGGGGCUGACAUGAUCAAGACGAGGUUUCAUGACAAAAAAGUCCUCAUUGUUCUUGAUGACAUCGACAAUCGGGACCAAAUCAUGAGACUUGCAGGCGAGCCCAAUUGGUUUGGUGGAGGAAGUAGAAUCAUCAUAACAACAAGGAACAUUGAAUUCCUAGUAAUGGAAGGUGAGGAUGAAAAUGUCCAAGCCUCUAGAGGUGGACAAUUUUCAUUCUAUGAUAUGCCAGAGAUGAAUUCACACAAUGCUCUUAAACUUUUCUGUGAGCGUGCCUUGGGAUGUGCCGAGCCUCCGGCUGAUUACAUAGAUAUUUCAAAUAAGUUAGUCAAUGUGCUUGGACGACUUCCGUUGGCUCUUGAUGUCGUAGGUUCCACACUCCGUGGAAAAUGCCAUAGAACAUGGGAAGCCGUCCUAUGUAAGUUAAAGAAAGUGAUGAACGAGGAUGUCAAGAAGAAGUUGAUGAUAAGCUAUGAGGCCUUGGACUCUUGUCAACAACAGAUUUUUCUUGAUAUCGCAUGUUUCUUCAUUAACCAAGAGAAAAUAACUGCAAUUAAAUAUUGGGACGCGGUUUUUGGGUAUCCCACCGAAAUUGAAGUCAAGAUCCUCACACGUAUGUCACUGAUAAAGAUCAUGGACUAUGAUAAAUUAUGGAUGCACGACCAACUUAGAGACCUCGGAAGGGAUGUCGUCCGCUCGGAAAGUUGCAAUAUACUUUUAAGGGGUAGCAGAUUGUGGUCACCCAAGGAUGCCUUCCAUGCAGUGCAGAGAAAGAAGUUAACGGAGAACAUAGUAGCGCUCAAUCUUGGCAUACAUGAACCUGAUGCGACGUACAGAUUUAAACGCAAGGAAUUUGCGAUGUUGGUCAACCUUAGGUUCCUUCAAUUGGACCAUGGAAGCUUGGAAGGAAACUUUAAGGAUCUUUUCUCCGAGUUAAGAUGGCUCUCUUGGAGCAAUUGCCCUUUGGAAUUCCGAGCUACCAAUUUAGGAAUGAAGAACCUAGCAGUUCUUAAGCUUUCUGGGAAUAAUAUUACUAUGAUCUCACGACAUACUUUUGUAGCAAAACAGUUGAAGGUCCUAAAACUCGUGGAUUGUUGGUCCCUUACAAAGACGCCCCCAUUCUCCACAAUCUCGAAACUGGAGAUAUUGAUUCUCACAAGAUGCACUAAACUACGUAUGAUUGACGAGUCCAUCGGCAAUCUACAACAUCUUAAUCAGCUAAAAAUAGAAUAUACAGAUAUCGAGUCACUACCAGAGUCCAUUGGCAGUCUACAAUCUAUAACAAAGCUAAUAAUAUAUUCUCAGAGACUCUCGGUGUUGCCUUACUCAAUUGGUAAUUUAGUGAAGUUGAAGCAUCUAAUCUUGACAUGCCAUGAACUUCGAAAGCUUCCCGACUCUAUUGGACAACUGGAGUCGCUGCUUGAGCUAAAUGUCACAUGGACAAGCAUUAGAGAAUUACCUUAUUCCAUUGGAAACCUAGAAAGGUUGAAAUUUUUUAUGAUCCCAAGUUGCGGAUUAGAAAAGCUACCAGACUCGAUUGGGAGGCUCCAUUCAUUGGUCAAGUUGGUUCUGAAAGAAUCAAACAUCAGGAUCUUACCUGAUUGUAUUGGAAAUCUCAAAAACUUAAAAGUACUAGAUCUGAAUCGUAGCUAUAUAAGUGAACUUCCGAAAACCAUAGGAAUGUUGGAAAAUCUGGAAGAGUUACAUGCCUCCUCUACACAUCUGGAGGGGGAAAUUCCAAGUGAAAUUGGGGCACUAUCCUCGUUGAAAAUUCUAAACUUAUCCUUUAGCCGCUUUAGUGGAUUGCCAACAACCAUCAAUCAGCUUACAAAUCUCCAAACACUUGAUUUACGGGAGUGUCAUUCAAUUCGACAGCUGCCGGAGCUUCCAAAGAGUCUAACGGUGUUACGCUUAUCAUCGAAGUCGUUGACCAAUAUCCCCGACUUCUCAAAUUUAACCAAUUUAGUUGAGCUUUCUAUAAUCGGAACAUUAGUGCAAGAAGCCCAAAUAGAGGGGCUCGGGAGAUUACGUGCUCUGAGGCAAUUGACCCUCCGCGUUGGAAAAAUGGCCUUGCCUCCAACCGAUUUCAGUUCCCUCUCUCAGCUACAACGCCUCCAGGUAAGUUGUGCCGACUCCCGAUCUCUUAUCAAGCUUCCAUCCAGCCUUCGAGAAUUGUCUUUAGAGGAUCUCCAGUCACCGAUUGAUUGGUCACUUUUUUCCAACUUGGAGAAUUUGUCAACACUGUGUAUUAGAGGAUAUACGCUCGGAGAGAUUCGAUUCGAGGUCCUUGGAAAGCUACCGAAAUUCAAUGAAUUGGGGAUGUCCGACUGUCCAUUGCUCGAGACGCUGUCCGUUCCGCCAGGUCUGAAGGAGAUCCAGUGUUUAUAUUUGUUACAGUUGCCUCGGCUAACUGAGAUUCAGGGUUUGGGAGAAUUGAAAUCAUUGCGGACAUUGCGGAUCUGGACUUGCGAUUCCAUCAAAAGCUUAAACGAAUCUGAUCUGUCUAAUUUACAUAAUCUGAAAAGAUUGGAGAUCUAUUCGUGUGCAUCACUGGAGAGCGUGCUGGGUGUGCCAAAAUCUUGCCAACUCGACGUCCGUGGUUGCCCGAGGUUCAACAGAGACGGAUAAGAUUGACAAUCUAGCGAAGGGAGCUUAUGGUCAGGCUCUGCAGAAUCUCAAUGAGAUGAGGCUUAACUACCUACCAUUGUUUCCCUGAUUCAUUCUUGUGAGUGAGCGAGAUUAUGCAUGGAUUUUGUUCAACAAAGUUUAUUUAAGUGCAUUGGUUUUGUCUGAGCUGUAGCUUUUGUUUAUUCUUUCCGGUGACUCAUUCUCUCUGUCUCUGCUAAUAAUGUGGUUAAUGUUAACUUGUUAAAUAAACCUACUCAUCCUCUCUAUCUCAGCUGAUAAUGUGGUUAAUGUUAACUUGUUAAAUAAACCUAUUUGAUCUUCGUGUCUAUCAUUCUUACAUUUGCUGAUGAAAUGUUUUUGCACGAGCUCCUCUAAGGCCAUGGUCAAAUGUUUUUUUAAAUGGACUUCUGGGCUUUGGCACGACACACAUUGUUGGUGCUGCAGCAGCAGCUUGUUCUCUUCAAUCCAUCUCAGUGAAAGGCUGAGAUGUUGAAUAAGUACAUUGGUACUUCUGAGCCAGCUAUUAGAGGCUUCUUUUCAACUACACUUAUGAUGAUUGAAUUCCAUUGUGCAAUCUUGUAUUAAGCUUUGUUAUUUCCAAACACUUCACAAUUUUGUGCUUUCUUCUGUUUGUUUUGGAUGCAUUUAAUAGAGGUCCCUUCAGGUAUGCUAGCAAUCGAAAUAGGAUAACUAACAGGACCAAUGAGGAUCCUCCUGCUGCGGCCAAGGUGUUCUGAUUAAAUUAUUUUCAACAACAGCAACGAGGAUCCUCCCAUAACCAUUGACGUGGCCAAGUUAAAACGGUUGAUGAGUUUCCUCACGCAUGAAUGAGAGGUUCCUCUAUGACCAUUUGAUUAAGAGUGAGAUUAAGAUGUAAAAUAUUUGAAGCUUUUCUCUACUAGAUAUUUGAAAUUGGUGAUGAAAUGUCUACUGGAUUUUCUAUUCUGCAUGUUGAUGGCAUUGAUCUUGUCAGCAAAAUGGAGAGAUUUUGAAUAUUUGAGAGUAACGACAAUUAGAAAAAUACAGGUUUGGAUAUAUUCUCGAAGGCAGCAGCUGCAGCACCUUGCCUUCUCUUUUUCGAUGAAUUUGAUUCCAUUGCUCCAAAAAGGGGGCAUGAUAAUAUGGGGUCACUGACCAUGUCGUCAAUCAAGUUAGUUUCUUGCAUUCAAUGGCACUUAUAAGGUGGUCAUGUGAAAUCUAUCUAAUGGUAUGACUCACUACUGGUAUGUUAUUCUUUGGUGCAGUUUUUUACUGAA